AUGUCUAGCCAACGAGGCAGUCAGGCUCCAAGGGUACCCAAAGUUCGCCAAUCUUGUGACACGUGUCAAGCAUCAAAGAUCCGCUGCGGUCAAGAACGCCCUCGUUGCCACCGAUGCGAAAAGUACAAUCUGGAUUGUGUGUACAGCGUUUCGCGGCGCGCUGGAAGGCCGCGACCAAAAAGGACAAUCGACCCCACGACGCCCGUUGGGCCAUCACCCACGCACUUGCAAUCCACUCCAGACCCGCAGACGGGCUUCCCGACACAAAUUGGGCCAUCGCCAACCCACGAGGAAUGCAGGCCUCGUCUUGCCUCGCUACGGCAAAAGUCCAUAACGCCCGUGCCAGAAGCCACGCGCCGAGACACGGCGCAAAACACUGGACUAGAGGAGCAACAGUGUCAUGAUCCGCCAGUAAAGAGCACGCAGGGUGACCGGAGCAGCAACCAUGGGACCGAUGUCUUUCCCAGGACCAAUUGUUACAACAGCAACCAAUAUGAGGCGAGCCACAUGGAAUCCGAGCCCGGGCUGGUGCCAGACAACAGCAACAGCAGCAUCAGCAGCAACAACAACAACAACAACAACAACAACAACAGCAACGACGACGCCAUGGACGCCAUGGAUGUGAAUCCGUACUUCAACGACGCAGCCCUAUUCCGCCACGUGGAUAGCGCGCAGUUCCCAACGCUGUUCUUCUCCGACUCGGACCUGCUCCCCGAGCACGUCGACUUCGAUCUCCUCAUGGCCCCGCUCCCGGACUGCGCGUGCUUCCCCACGACGGCGUUCCCGCACGCGCCGCUCCCGCUGGGCGCCGGUCCAGUGAUUGCCAAGAGCAGCGGUCCCGGCUGCCACUGCACGACGAUGCUGCUGCAGCACCUAGACGCGCAGGAUGGGGCCGAGACCGGGUGCAGCGACGAGAGGCUGUUCGCGCGGGCGGUGCAGCGGUCACGGGUGCUGCUGGACAACUGCUUGGUGGUGCUGUCGUGCGGGGCGUGCAGCACGCGGACGUCGUCGGCGCUGGUGGUGUGCCAGGCCAUGGAGGAGCUGAGCGUGACGCUGGGCAUGGGGACGCUGUGGGUCGAGGGCACUGGGGCCGGGCACGAGCGGUGUCCGCUGCUGGGCAACCUGGCCAAGGAUGAGGUGCCGAUGCGUUGCGGGAGCUACGCGGUGCGCGGCACUGACCGGCAGGUGCUGCUGCGCUUGCUGGUGAUGAACCGGCUCACUGAGAUGCAGCGCAUCAUGGGCAAGCUGUGUCAGGCGGUAGGGCUGUCGUCGUCGUGUCGCGCGACGUGUGCGGGCAUGGCGGCGGAGCUGGAGAGGAGGGUGUUGGUCAAGCUGAAUAUGUUUCGAGCAGCGGCACCGUGA